UGAGAGGUUUUCAGAACAAGAAAAGGAUGACUUAAAAGUCAUACAAACAUGGAGUUCUAAUAUACGGGGGCGCUGACCAGGACAAGGCCCGGGAGCGAAAUAUGGAGGCAUGGGUAGAGACGAGCAGUUGAAGGGCCUCGUCCCCAGCGACCUUAAAAAGUUUGAAGACACCAAGCAAGUUAAGAUGGCCUCCAAAGAUAAAGAGAUUGUUGUCGCAGAUGAGAUUCGUCGUAUUGUGCAUAGGAUAGUGGCGGUGAAAGAAGUUAUUUCGGCGGCGAUUUCAAACGAACCACAUGCUGCCCUGGCAUGGGCUAGUGCUCUGGUGGGAUUGACCGUUAGUAUAACCGACUGGUUGUGAAUGAGGAUGCAAGGAGUGAAGUGGAAUUUAUUCCAGGCCUUCUAGUUCGCUACCAGUUGAUCGAAGAUGGCCAUGCUCAACCAAAUGCCACCGAAGAUCGGAGCUCAAGGAUGCACAAAGAUGGUAUGUG